GGAGCAGAUAACUCAGUGUCGUCAUAUGGUUCAGGGCGCCCACAGCCCCAGCGAACGCGUGUGCGCACACCCAAGUGCGAAUGUGCAGCCGUACGCGCCCGUGGACGUCGUCAGCUGCUUCUGCUGCUGAAGUCGCGGCCACUCCACUCCAUGUUUUGCCCUCCCCCCUUUUGUGUGCUCUGGCCACUGUCUCACGUGUCUCAUUUCCACCUCGCUCCACUCACGCUGACACAUCGGCGACAGAACAAGUUGCCAUCAUCGUUCAACGCACUCGGAACCAACGGGUGCCUCUGAGUACGAGGGGAAGACAACCCACGGAGCUGACAAUGAGGAGGACGUAUGCCAAGUGACGAAUGAUUUAUUGGCUUUUCAUUUCUUUAUUUAUUGAUUUUCUUUUGUAAAUGAACAUCAAGAUUAUUACUGGAGACCUCUAACAAACACCUUUUCAAGAGUUCAUUUUCCUUCCCGGUGGAUUUAUCCUUUCUGAGAGACAUCAUCAAUAAUUCCACGCAGUGUUCUGCGAUGUGGAGACGGCAAGUGGUUGUGUGCACCCUGUGGGUGCUGCUGUCCACGUCUGUCGGCGGUGAGAGCAAAGCUCGGAGCUGCGGCGAAGUUAGACAAGCGUAUCAUGCCAAAGGAUUCAGUCUUGUCGGUGUACCUCAUCAGGAAAUAUCAGGUGAGCACCUGCGUGUCUGUCCUCAGGGAUACACUUGCUGCACAUCUGACAUGGAAGACAAGCUCAACCAGCAAAGCAAACUGGAGUUUGAAAAGUUGGUGGAGGAGCGCAGCCACAACAUGAGGGUGACGUUUGUUUCCAGUCAUAAAAAGUUUGAUGAGUUUUUCUUGGAACUCCUGGACAAUUCAGAGAGGUCUCUGAACAGCAUGUUCUCAAGGACAUUUGGGAAGCUGUACAUGAAAAACUCAGAGGUGUUCCAGGACCUCUUCACUGAGCUAAAGCGUUACUACACAGGGGGCAAUGUCAACCUGGAGGAGAUGCUCAAUGAUUUCUGGUCCAGGCUGCUGGAACGGAUGUUCCAGCUAUUGAACUCCCAGUACCACUUCACAGACGAUUACCUGGAGUGUGUCAGUAAAUACUCAGAUCAACUCAAGCCCUUUGGAGAUGUGCCCAGGAAACUAAAGGCUCAGGUCACCAGGGUCUUGAUUGCCGCACGGACAUUUGUCCAAGGCCUCAUGGUUGGUCGGGAAGUUGCCAACAGGGUUGCCAAGGUGAAUGUUGCGCCCGCAUGUGUCAGAGCCUUGACUAGGAUGCUGUACUGCCCAUACUGCCGAAGCAUGCCAGGGCUCAAGCCCUGCCAAAACUACUGUCAGAAUGUCAUGAGAGGCUGUCUCGCAAACCAGGCUGACCUCGAUCUUGAAUGGAACACUUUUACAGAUGCCAUGUUGCUGGUGGCUGAGAGGCUGCAGGGACCUUUUCACAUUGAAGCAGUCAUUGAGCCAAUUGACCUCAAGAUCUCUGAGGCCAUCAUGACCAUGCAGGACAACAACAAGAUACUGUCAGCAAAGUUUUUUCAAAGUUGUGGUCCACCAAAACCUUCAGGCAUAGGUAGGUCUGCACGUGGCAUUUCGGAUGUGUUUAGUGCUCGUUUCAGACCUUAUACUCCUGACGAAAAGCCAACCACAGCCAUAGAGACAAGCCUGGAUCGACUGAGGGGUGUCUGGAUGACAAUGCAACACAGUGUGACUGACAUCAAAGAGAAAUUGAAAGUGUCCAAAAGGUUCUGGUCCAAUCUACCUGAUGAUAUCUGUGCCGAUGGAAAAUUGACAGAGUCUGACGAGGAGCAGUGUUGGAAUAGCCACACCAAAGCCAGAUAUUUCCCAGAGGUGGUGAAAGCAGGACUAACCAACCAGGUGAACAACCCAGAAGUGAACUUGGACAUCACCAGACCAGACACAUUCAUUCGACAACAAAUAAUGGCUCUGCGUGUGAUGACCAAUAAGCUGAAAAAUGCAUACAAUGGAAAUGAUAUCUUCUUCCAAGACUCAAGUGAUGAAGGCAGUAGUUCAGGCAGUGGCAGCGGCUGCUCAGAUGGCUGCACGACUGAGGCUGUUCUUGUGGGAUCCGAAGCUCCUGUGAUCGGAGCCGACCGAAGUGAUGUACACACAGCAACAGCAGGCAAGACGCUCUGCCAUGGACCGUCACUACUGUUAACGAUGACAACCCUCAUAGCAUCACUCUGCUCAAUUCACCCCAGAUGGAGAUAAUACAUGUGUCGGUUGCUCACUAACUACUAAACUGCUGCGUACAGUAUGUUUAAGCACGUUCUACAGCUGCUCCUUCACCGGACCUCUGGAACCUUCUGGAACACACCCUGUUGAGUGGCUGCUGAAGUGAGUACAGUGCUACAUCCUUGUCAUCCCCAGAAGAAUGCUUGGUGACCUCAUUAAAACAGCUUUCACCUCUGAACAAAAGGUGUUCGCUCAUUGUUUUGGAAUAAAUUUUUAAAAUCAUCACUGGUGACAAUGUGUCUCAUGAUGUUCCUGCCAGUUAUUUCCAGAUAAUGCAGGAAUGUGUUUCUUUCCUUUGUACAACAAUUUUGGGACUGCGUUGAGUUUAUCCUAUUUGUCUUUCGCCCACUUCAUACAAGAGAAAAUGCUUACUGUGUGCAUGCAAGGAAAUAAAGCUCAGAUAUGCUUUUUGGUUAUUCGUUUUAAUGCAGGCUUUACAGCUUUUGGAUAUAAUUAUUUGGACAAGAUUAAACUUCGGUAAAUCUGAGUUUCCAUUCAGAAAUAUAGGUUUGGCUACAGGCGAUUGCUUUCCUUUAACAAUCUUAUACUUGCACAUUUGCUCUUCAUCAUGGAAUCAUGGACUGCACCAAGGGAACGGCUUUACACAGAUACAUGUUGCUGGCCUCUUUGUACCUCUUUUCCCAGUCAUUGGAAUUUUGGUGUCACGUUAUACCUAGCUAUAACUGUUAAGUGUUUCCUUUGAAGGCACAACAAUGUAACCUUAAUGGUUUAGUUAAAGACUAAGAACAAAUGUGUAUUAUUUGUUAAAACAUGUCACAUACAAAACAAAAGACAGAAACAGUAGUAUACUAUUACACAGUAGUUCAAUUGCCUGGGACCAGCUUGUCAAAAUAUCUAUCCAUGCUAUAUUACUAACUAAUUGGCUAUAUUAUGUGUUUAUAGAAGGUUGUACACCAUACCAAUACUGGCCUCCUUUAGAAAAGUUUGUAGUAUUUACGUAACCAGUUAUGUCUCUGCACAAUAUCCACAAAGCCGUCUCUUUGAAACUAAGACGAGUGCAGAGGUUAGAGUGGUAAUCAAAUGACUAGGUCACUCCAUACACUCCUCAGUCUAUCUCUCGCAGACGUUGACCACAACAUGGUGCUGGAUAAAAGCUUAGGGCCCAUGGCCAGAUUUGUAUACCAAAAAAUCAUUUAUUUGACCUUGGGUCACAAAAAGCUAAGUUCCAAUGUUGCAAGGAUUCCAAUCAAAGGGGGCAAUUGUUCAUGGUACCAGGGCAGUGCAGUCAUUAUGGUGCAGUGUGCUCCUAAAAAUAAAUACCUGAAAGGUGAAUCUCUUUUCUCAGCGGAGACUUUUCCAUAGCCUUUCUCUCUAGCAAAUUAACAGCUGCUGUGAGCGUCUCAAAGAGAUUACACGUUCCAUGUAGCGGGCAUGGAACAUUACUCCUCUCCUCGCUGUACUCCACAGGGAAAAAAGCACUUUUCCCCACGGCCGUUGUCCUUAAAAAGUUCUUAAACACAAAUGACAAGCACAAUGAAAACAUGAUGCGCCUGUUGUCCUUUGAAAUAAGCAAAUAUUUGAUUUGUUAUCCAUAGUGACAAAAUUUGCAGCUAAUUAAAAGUAUUUGUGUUGGACCAUAUGGUUUACCAGAGAGUGCAACAAAAAAAUAAAAAAAGCUUGCAGUCCAGGAUAGACAGGGAAGCAAAUGAAUUCUGUCGUCUUGUUCUGCAAAAAAUGUAUAAGCAGGAGGUGACCAGCAGGUUCGUUCCCAGCAAACUCACCAUGUUGCAAAUGAAUCAGGGACAGGACUCCCCAGUGUGAAACAGUCUGAUGAAGUGAGCCAUACAGAAAAACAUGAGCAGAACUUGGGGACAUGCAUAGUUGGGGACAUGAAGCUCAAACUGUUUAGAAAUGUUUAUUUUGCAGAAAAUACACCACUUGAGGUGGAGUGCUCAGACAUUUAGAAUGGACAUUCAGAUAAGGGUCUUUUGUCAGGUCUAGUAAAGAAUAUGUCUUAUAUGGUAUCCCUGCAAUUUAAAUUGGAUAACAUUUAUUUAUUAGCUUUGUGUGUGAAUACUGACAGAAUGACAUUUACACUAAUGUUAUUGUCAAAAAUAAUUCUCUUGCCUCAUUUUUAAUCCUGCAUAUCAUUGCCAUUUCUCAACGUAUUCCAAUGUUCCAUAUACUAAAAAAAUGACAUCUUUGAGAUUGAUUAGUUAAAAAUCUCUUCUGAAACACUGUAUAUCCUUUUUUUUUUUUGUACAGCUCAUGGACAAGGCAGCAAACAUGUCAUAGCAUCACAUCGAAGUGCUUACUGAUGGUCCAAUCAGACAGAUAUGAUAUCAUCCCAUACUACCCACAACCCCAAGGAGGCAUACUGUAUUUUUAUGACGUCUGUUAUUAUUAUUAUAUAAACAUUAACCAGCGUUACAGUUCCUAAUUAAUUUUGCAUUUUAAGAUCAGUGAUGGCAUCUCUCAGCAUUCACCCACAUUUUUUAGGGAAUUGUAAUGUCUAGUCUAGUAAUGAAUCGUACACCACGAUUCAGUAAGACUAAAAAUAAAAAGUAAUACUAUGACUUUGAUUGAAUCAUUUAGUGCUAAUAAAAUUUGGCCUCAAAUGCUUUCAGCUUUUCUGCCUUAACAGCGGUGUAUGAGAAUCUGUUGCUGUACAAAGGCUGACACUCCUAUACUCUUAGGAGCCCCAACAAGAUUGUUGUCUGCAAAAGUUGCUUUGUCUGACUCAGGAUAAGUAGGUCUUUAUUGGUGUCCCUGCAAUGCAGUGAAGAAAAUAGAAAAAGACAUGUUAUGAAGUUGGCCCAAACUGCCCAAAGAGCUUUGUCUUUUCCGAUUGUGUUGAGAAUAAUGUUUGCCCUUUUCCUCCGUCUUAUGUAUGCGCUCCUGACAAGCUAUCGCACCACUCUCACACAUACAGUAUCAGUUCCUGAGAUGCUUCUGAGCUUAACUUAAUUUGUCCGUGAUACGUCUUUUGUUGUUUGUCCUUUAUUCUCUUUGACAUUUGAAAACUGAAAGAAACAAAUAAUAAUAAUAGUAGAUAGUAAUGGCCACUGACUUGCGUUUAUGGGUUUACACAAUGUUUUGAACAAAAUGUUUUAUGCAAGGUCCUUUCCAUUUUAAUGUAAAAGAUUUAAUGCACUUUUGCUAGGACAUAUGCUGUGAGUGUGGUACUAUAUGUUUCAUUUGCAAAAUCAGAUGACUAAGGAGCACAUGAAAAAAAAUUGAGCUGCCAAUGCACGGUGUUUUUGGAAAUGAAGUUGUUGAUGCAGCAGACAUGCCUUACCAUUUUUUUAAAUAAUUGAAAUGAUUGCUCAUUUGGCUUUUGUUAUUGAAAAUAAUAGUGAUAUUAAAGAUUUUGUUUACA